AUGUCUGCUAUACAACAGGAUAUCCCUAAUUCGUCUCCACUGCAACGGUCAGUAUUUUUAAUUACUUUUAGUCAAUGCGAUGCUUCUGGUUUAGCGAAGCCAGACUUUGCCAAAGUUAUAGUCAAUGCCUGGAAAUCAUGUUACAGAUCGAAAGUUCUACAAUGGGUAGUGAGCGAAGAGCAACAUCAAAAUGGCGGUCGUCAUUUCCAUAUGGCCAUAAAACUGAACACAAAAUCACGCUGGCUGCGUGCAAGAAAUUAUAUUGACGAGAAACACGGAAUUAAAGUAAACUUUUCGGAUCACCACGACAAUUAUUAUGGGGCAUAUAAAUAUGUAACGAAGGAAGACGCCGAAUUUAUUGUCUCCCCUGAUCACCCUGAUCUAUCCAACACGACUGACCCCCCUAAAACGUCAAAUGCAACAAAAAAGCGGAAAUGCAAUCGAAAGGCCUCAAAAAACAAACGAAAGCGCUUGUCAACAUUCGAUGUUGUACAAAUUAUACAACAUCACAAAAUUACGUGUCGUUUAGAACUUAUGGCGUUGGCAGCGAGAUGGAAAGAUGAAGGCAAGACGGACUUAGCUGAAUUUGUGUCUAAUAGAGGCAGCAAAGUAGUGAAUGAUGCUUUGGAGACAGCCAAAGAACUUAGUUGCGCACAAGAACGUCUUCUCAGGUCAAAGAAAUCGCGAAUAGAGUUUUUGAAAGAUCAACUAGGCAAAACCUGCGAGGGCGGUUGUGAUGGUGCUUGGCAACGUGCUGCGCUUGAAAUUUUAGAUAUGAAUGGGAUCCAAAAGUCGGACUUUUCUUCAGCCAUGUAUGACGCCCUAUCUAGAGGAAGGGGGAAGUACCGAAAUAUUUAUAUUUUCGGUCCAGCAAAUUGUGGAAAAACAUUUUUAGUUUCACCCCUAAAGAAAAUAUACGAAUGUUUUGUUAAUCCCGCAUCUGGAAAUUUUGCUUGGUUGGGAAUUGAAUCGGCUGAAGUUGUUUUACUUAAUGAUUUCAGAUGGAAGCCAUCCCUUAUACCGUGGUGCGAGUUUUUGCAGGUCUUAGAAGGUGACACGGUUCAUUUUCCAGCCCCGAAAAAUCAGAUGAGCAAAGAUAUUGUUCUCGAGAGGGACACGCCAUUCUUUGCAACGAGUGACGCCCCACUUAUUUUAAUUAACAAUGGAUCUAUUGAUCGCGUGAACACAGAAAUGAUGAAUGUAAGAUGGCGAAUGUUUCCGCUUCAUAGACAAAUUCCGCGUGAUGAACAAAGAAACAUUGCGGCUUGCGCUCGAUGCUUUGCUGAGUUAAUAUUAUACGCUGAACAGUGAUCUAUAAUAAUGUAUUUUAAUUUAACGUAGGCUACAUUAAGGUGUUAACAAAUAGGUAUUCUGGUCAUCCCUAACUAAGUGGCUUAUGACGCAUCAACGAAUCCCACACGAAUCCCAGUCACAUUUUAUGUAGAAAAGGGAAUUAAGUUCAACAAUUCUUGCUGUUUUUCUCUCUUAGCUUAUUGUAAAUAUGCCAAAGGAAUCGAUUAUGUGGUUAACUUCUAGCGAAAUCAAUUUGAUUCCAUGAAAUUCCGACUUUCGUCGAACGAUUCCCACUAUUUAUAGUAAGUUGAAAUAUGACAUCAUAAUUAAUAAAUAGAAAAGUGGGAUUCGUCGACUUUUAACCCAUUUUCUCUGUCUUUUAUAACGAAACGCACGCGUAUUUGAAGCCAAAGUAUUAAUGUAUUCCUUACGCACGCAACUGUGUGUUUAAAUUCCCAACAACGAUCAUAUACAUGUGAGAAAAUAUGGAAAUUAUUACGCGAACAUGAGUGGGAUUCGUUGAUACGGAAAUUCGAUGUACAAUCCGUUGUCAUAGUAACUUUGUCAGUAUUUUGUUCUAAAGCCGUCAGCCUGCAAUACAGCGUGUAUUCGCUUAGGCAUGCUUGUGAUAAUAUUAUUUACAUAAUCUACAGAAACAUUAUAUAAAGUUUUUAUAACUCUAGUCUUAAAUUGUUCCCAUGUGUCACGCACAAUCUGUGAGUCUCUAACUUGAGCAUCAAGCUGCUUCUUAACUAUGUGAAACAUGUUUUCUAUUGGAUUUAAGUCUGGAGAUCUCGCUGGGAUACAAAAUAACUCACAUCCCUCUUCCUUUAUAGCUGUCUUAGCUGCUAGGCUUCGCUGAGACGGGUCGUUGUCCAUUAUGAACCAUUUUCUUCCACGCUUGCGCGAUAGUAGUGCUGGAAAUUUUUUUUUUACGAACUCAGCGAAAUAGGUACCGGUCAUUUUCUCAUAUUCUUCGACCAAUACAACCCCAUUGUUGUGAGAAAUUGCGACCAGUAAGUGAAGCCGUUUUCCACCCGCAAGGGUUUUAGAUCCUUUUGCCGUCAAUUGUAAACCCUCGCUCUUUCUUCUCCAUACACGCCCUCUAGGGGCUAAAGCGUCACUAAGAGGCUGUGUCUUAUAAACAAAAGAAACCCCGUCUAAAUAGAAGGCAAUAUUUCGCGAGAAGAAUCCGGGCUUUGUGGAAAGGAUCUUCUUGCAUUGUUGCGCAAACGACUUUCUUUUCGUGCGAUCACGGCUUGUUAAAACCCCCUUUUUACGCGCAGGUAGAUAAUCAAACCCAGCUGCUUUCACCUCACGAUAAAAUGUCCGAUACGAAAUAUCACGUGACAGCAGUCCGCUGUGCGCAACCAAGCGCUUAACAGUAAAAUUUGGGUCUUUAUCACGCAGAGUUUUUAUUGUUCUUAUUAAUUUUCUGCAAUCUCUAUCUGACAGCUUCUUUGGUCUACCAAUUUUCUUGCAUGUUUUCAAAUCUUGCUUGCGCUGAACUUUUCCUCUCAGAAUAAGAGAGACUGACGCUUUAGAUAUUCUUGCUUUUUUAGCAAUCGCUCUGCAGGAAUAUCGUUUCUCUUUACCAAGAAAUAGCACAUACGCUCGCGUUGUAUCUGAAAUAGUUUUUUUAUAUGCCAUUAUUACUUUGUUUCUAUAUAACUAGCUCUUAUUUAUAGCAUGCAUACUGUGCGCUUUAUAAUACUACAGCUUUGAGAUUAAUCCGGAUAUUACCGAUGACGUUACAUUCUCCACAAAAGUAACGUAAUAAGCACUUAAAGAUAAUUGCAUUUGCUUCCGAACGUGUUUACCUGCCCUAAAUUCCAGAUUGCUCUACUAGUUUCGCUUGCAGUUCCAAACUACGAAAUUCCCAAUGUUGGACUGGUUCUGGAAACGUGCAUGAACGCAUUAUGAUUAAACUAGAAUAAUAACAUACAAUGUAUGCGCAAAUUAACCAUGUUUACGCUCACCAAAACACGGUAUCUAUUAUAUUUGUAAACACCAUUGGUAAUACUAUAAAAUACAAGUAAUUCUAGCUUCAAUAACUGAAAUUUUAAUUUGGCUUAAAAUACCGUUUCGGACAAUCAGUGACGAAACACUUUAGACAAAAUAGCUAAACAGCGUACGUUUACAACAUAAUCGACCCCCCGCACCCCCCGUUCAAUGUUGUGUGUGGAAAUACCUGCACAAAAUGUUCCUUGCCAGCGACCCAACAUUGUUUAGGGUGGGGGAGGGAGGGAUAGUGUUAUUAAGCUGAACAGUAUUUGGAAAUGCGCAGAUAUGUCUAUAUUAUAUCACUGUCCAAAAACCUUUUGUCACUGACUGUAGUUUCAAAUCUCUUGACUUUCUUUGCCGGGGACGAAUAUUCGAUCAGAUCUGGUAAAUAAAUAUUAAAUACAUAGUCAGCAUAUAAAUCCAAUGCAAUAUCACUCCUAGAAGUGUUUAACCUAUCUCUUAGGACAGGAAUAUUUCCAGAUGAUUGGAAAUUUGCCAAAGUGACUCCAAUAUAUAAGUCAGAAAACAAAACCUUAUGUGAAAACUAUAGACCGAUAUCAGUCAUUUCGAAUAUCGCCAAAAUAUUUGAGAAAUUAGUCUGUAGACAACUAAAUGCCUUCCUGGAUAACAACAACAUAAUUGUAAAAAAUCAAUCAGGUUUCCGUCGCAAUCACUCAACCGAAACCUCGUUACUACAAUCUACUGAAAUGUGGUUGAAAUCAAUGGACCAGGGUCAAAUAAAUGGGGUUAUCUUCUUAGACCUGAAAAAAGCAUUUGAUACGAUUGAUCACCAGCUUCUAUUGUCAAAACUACAAGCUUAUGGGAUACGCGACCACACGCUCAAAUGGUUCCAAUCGUAUUUAGAUCAAAGAAAGCAAAUUUGCAUGCUAAAUAACUGUAAAUCUGAUAUUGAAACAAUUCGUUGUGGAGUACCUCAGGGUUAAAAUCUUGGACCUCUAUUAUUUCUCAUUUACAUAAACGACCUCCCAAACUGCCUAGAAACAACACACUCUAAUUUAUUUGCUGAUGACACAAUUUUAUCAUGUCAAGGGCAUUUAUCCAUAGAUAUUGAAUACAAACUUAACAAAGACCUAGUAAAUGCUCAAAAAUGGUUAUCAGCGAAUAAACUAACAUUAAACCAACGAAAAAACCAAAUAUAUGAUUAUUGGAUCUCGGCAACGAUUAAAAAACUUAGAUCACGUGCCACAAAUCAGUAUAAACGGACAUCAAAUUGAACGAGUUUAUAAAAAGGAAGCUAUGGGUAUAGUUAUAGACGAUAGACUUAGCUGGAAUAGGCAAAAUGAAGAACAAUGCAACAAGAUAUCAAAAAAUAUUAAUCUUUUAAGAAAAGCCAAAGAUUUUGUUGGCCUAGAUACGCUCAAAAUUAUGUAUAACGCAUUAGUCGCGCCUCAUUUUAACUACUGUUCAACUGUUUUGCAAAAUAACAACCAAACACACUUAGACAAAUUAUAUAAGCUUCAGAAACGAGCAGCAAGAAUAAUAACAAAUUCGGACUAUACUAUAAGAUCUUCGAACAUUUUUCAAAAACUUAGCUGGAAACCUCUUGACUUAAUUUUGAAAAAGCGAGAUCUCCUUAUGACAUUUAAGGUGGCUCCAUACACUUUCAUCAUCGGGGGACUGGUACCUAAUCUUGAGUUUCGCGCGAAAAUAUUACAAAUAUAUGCAAAAAUAAAUACAACUUUUUCAGUCUAAAAUCCGAACCACAAGUCAUGGUUAUUUUAAUGUUUCGAGUUAUUUUUGUUCUCAAAGAACAAACUUCGUCCUGAUUUAACCAUGAACAUUGAAUAGCUAGUCUUUUUAGAAGACAUUUUAAGGUAAAAAAUGCAAUGUUUAACGUUCAAACUCUUGUGAAAACCGGCGAUCGGCCCGACCGGCGAAACGUUUUUUACUCCAAUAUUUGGCGAUUUAUAAGUUCAUAUCCGGAGUUUUUUGUACUUACAACUGGUAAAUGUAUUCAAAGUGUCACUAACAGCAAAGGAAUUCAGUCAAACAGCAUCAUACGCCGGCUCAAACUGUUUUAAAUUGUCAACAACAACAUGAAAACACACAAAUUACGACUGUAAACGAAUAUAAAACUAUGUAGAGAAGCCAAAAAGUUCAUACAUGUCACACAUAUCUUAUACCAAACGACACAAUUACCUGUUUUCUUGGCGUUAUCCCGAGUUAGCGUGCAAAACUAAAGAUAUCUGCAUUUCUAAGCAAGAAAAUACAACAUAUAUUUGAUAUUUCGACGAGACUAAAAACUUUUUGUGCGUGUUUUUUUGGAGAUGCGCCUGCGAAAACAUGUACGCGCAUGUCAAUUCAUUGAUCUUGCAGAGCUCGAAAAACUUUCGGCCGAGCGAGUGAGAUACCACAAUAAAACGGCGUAAUUCAAAAUUUUGCACGGUGACAUGUGAUGAAAUUUUGCACAACGAUAACUUCUUUUAAAACAAAUAGAAUAUCAAAAUUUAAAAAAAAUCUGUAGAUUGGAAAACUUUAAAUCCGCAAUUUUUUAUUCUGGCUAUUCUAAUCUACAGAAUUUUUUUAUUUUCAGGGAUAAGAUUCCUUAUUAUAAGUGAAAGCUAAACAGCAGUUAAAAAUUGGGGGUCACCGGCAAUAUUGGGAAAAUAAAGAAUAAAAACCUGCUUAAAAUAGCAAAAAAUACCAUAUUUGGCGAGGCUACUGUUACUAUGGAAACAAUAUUAUGUUCAAGAAUAUUGCAAAUUUUUUCUACCAAAUACUUAAUUUAUACUUGGGAAUGCUUAAAAUUAAUAAUGGAGUGAUAAAAUUUAUAAAUUGAAAUUUUUACGCAAUAAGGUAUUUAUACUACGGAACUGUAUGGAGCCACCUUAAAGCGAUUAAUGGCAUGCUUCCAGAAUACAUAACACAACUAUUUCACACUUGUGAAAACAAUGGCUACGUACUGCGCAGUAGUAAUUUAAAGCUGUCUCAACCUAAACCAAAAACGAAUUUCUUGAAAAAUAGCUUUUCGUACAGAGGAGCAGCGUAUUGGAACAACAUCCCAGUAAACUUGUUGAAAACCCUAAGAGAAUCAACAAGUUUAAAAUCUGUCCAUCAUCUAUUAAAUAAUUACAUCUUGUAAAUAAGUAAAUAAAUAAAUAAGUAUAUUUUGUAAAUAAGUAUAAUUUAGUUUAUUAGUUCCUUCUUUUAUAAUGCAUUUAUUUUCCGCACGGCCCUUUGAAAAUCACCUAUGUGAAAGGUUACCGUGUUUAAAGAUCAAUAAUAAUAAUAAUAAUAAUAAUAAUAAUAAUAAUAAUAAUAAUAAUAAUAAUAAAAGCAUAGAAUUUCUGACCAAAAUUACUAUUUAACAACAGUUAAAACCCAAGUAUAAACAAAACAUUUAUCUGAAUAUAAAAGGCAUCGCAGCAGACAACAGCACAUGUCGAUUUGAUCACAGCGUGCUGCACUGAAUAUCGCACAAACGCACUUUUAGGGAAGCCUUGUUGGCGUAAUAUUCUUUCCGUGUUCUCUUGUUGUUUUAUAUGUUUCAAUAAUUUACUAAUAAGUGGAUUUGGUUUCAUAAAAGUCGCAAAUUUGUUGAAACCUUUUCGAAUUCUAUAUAAAUAUUUUACAUUCACUCCUCAUCACCUCAUGUGGAAUAUAAACAUCGCGCGUGUUUGUCGCCAAUUAUGGGACUGGAGAUGAGAGGUUUAUUUCCGGUGGAGUCCCCUGUAAACAAACGCUGGGCACAUGCGCAGAAGGGACUUAUCCCCCUCUUUAAGUUCAUGGGUCACCUUUCGAACGGAAAAUGCUUGAAUUUCAGGUUUUGAUCCAGAUUGUGAGAUGAAGUAAAUAGCGUUAUCCUUAAAGGCAGUCUUGUUCCAAGGGCUGGGACGUUCAGAACUGCUAAGAAUCACGAAGAAACAUAACACCAAACACACAUUUGACGCAACAUAACAGACUUUUACUUUUACUUUUGUAUUUUGACGCCAUUAAGAGACAAUUAUAAAGUUAAGGGGAAAUCCCUGACACGCUAUAAUCCAAUGGUGGAAUAUGAUAUAGGGCCUAUAUAUAUAUAGUCAAAUGUUAUUCCAAAUGGCAAAGUUGACAAAACUAUACCAAAAUGUAGCGAAUGAUAAAAACAAUUUAAAUCCAAAGUAUAAAAUGUUUUGGAGUACGUAGAACCAAGAUAGGCUGCUGUAAAGUUGUUGCCUAGGAACGCGACGUGGCAAAUUCAAGUUUAAAGCACCAACGGUCAAAAUAAUAAUAGUUUAAUAAAACACGAACAAGGUAACCAAAUGAGACCAAAUUAACACGCGAAAGUUAUAACACCGUUGGUAGAAUACGUAGCAAGUUACACACGAAUACGACAAAUAAAGCCAAAGAUAACGAGCAAUAUCCAAAAGUUCAGCUUCGCAGCAUGUGACACAACAAUAAUGAACACAAUACGAUAAGACGAUCCAAAAUAACUUUAAACCGCAAUAUAAAUCCAAUUCCAAAAUACGAUAAAUAGAUCCACAAGGUCUUUAGCUUUAAUUUAAUAGGAUAUGUAGUUCAAAAGCUUCAAAAAUACUUAUUUAUGCUUGAAAUAAAGCGGAGGUCUCUAGAGCGUAAUCCUAUCCUAUGAUAAUUAUCCUACAUUCGUAAAACCAUACCUGCUCUAUAUAUUUAUAUUAUUAUGCCUUCCUUGCAUUGAAAACACUCAAAUUUCAAGAAACAUGCGCUAAAAUUGUGAUUAAUUAUUCAUGCAAAAAAAAUGGUUUUGAGAGACGUUGGAAAUUUUGAAGUUCAUAUAUAUGAAUAAAAAACAUAUUUCAGCAGAAGAUGACAUAUUCCUCGCGGAAGCAUCGCCAAUAGCCGACCGCAGAAAAUAGUAGAAAAUUAUUCGUAUACGAACAAAAUAUCGAUAACAAUGUGUGACUUUUCCAGGGGGGGGGUGUCUCCAGAGAAACGGCAGUAUGCCGAAAAUAUUUCCGCCUCCUUCACUCCUGGCAAACAGCUAGCCAUAUUUUGAGAUCAGUGAGAUGACCACCCAUACACCCAUGAACCAUAGUCAUGCGCCCGCGAUUAUUGAUGAACUUUAGACUUUGCUAAUGCUUUCCCCGGGUGUGAAUAGCCGGGCGGAAUUAGUACCCUCGCCCCGGGCUUACACACGGAACGGCGCUCCCUGCCGUUGGCUCGGGAAAAAGGCAAAAUACGCUGCGGAUAUAGUAUGUGCGUGAAGAUGAAAGUCGCAUAAGUUUGAUUAGUUGGUUUAAAAGUGCUCAUAUAACAAUACACCAUGGCGAGAAGAUUGGGUAAAGCUCCCUCUUUCUUUAUCCGAAGCCGUUACCUGACCUUAAUAUAGUAUUUUUGUGAUUUUUAACCCUCGACACUCGACUAAUUGAUGAACUUGGUGUUUUUCACACAAUAGACCAAACUAAACACACGAAAGUGAUUAAACUUUUUUGAAAUAUCAAAUUUUCCAACAGGGUUGAUGUUGUUGCAGAAGGUUUCAUUCAACUUUUGAACGAUGAAGAUAAAGUGGGAGAAGCAAUGAGAAUUGUUAAUGGUAGAAUUGAUUACCACACAUUUCCAUCUGAUGAAGCAGUCUUAAAAAGUUUAGCGUAG